UGGAUGUGAUAGCGGAGUCGACGAGAGCACGCGAGAGUUUCAACCUGCCGCCGCCAUGGGUCUCGGGGUCGUGGACAUCCUGUUCUUAACGCUGUCGGUGCUGGUGAGCGCGAUCAUCGGACUGUACCAGGGUUAUGUGGGGCGCCGCGCCACGCCCGAGUGCUACCUCAUGGGCUCGAGGAAGAUGAAGCCCCUGCCGCUGGCCAUGAGCAUGAUGGUGGGCACGGUGUCGGCCAUCACCAUCAUGGGCAACGCGGGCGAGAUGUACGCGUAUGGCACCCAGCUGUGGAUCAUGGACCUGGGCAUCAUACUGGCGCUGGUCCUCAUCGCCAAGGUCAUGAUCCCCAUCAUUCACCCCAUGGAGGUCGUCUCGCUGUACGAGUACAUUGAGAAGCGGUUCAACGCGAAGUGGCUGCGGCAGGCCACCGUGGUGCUGCAGCUGGUGGGCGGCUACUUCUUCAUGGGCUUCCUGCUGUACCCGCCUUCCAUCGCCUUACAAGCCUUCACGGGGCUCAGCAUCCUCCUCAACAUCUUCAUCAUGGGCGCCACCUGCACUUUCUACUCCGCCAUCGGAGGCGUGAAGGCUGUUGUGUAUACAGACGUGUUCCAGGCCGUAGUAAUGGUUGUGGGUGUUCUAGCUAUUGUUGUCAUCGGCUCUGUCAACGUAGGCGGCCUCCACGUGGUGUGGGACAUCGCCUACCACCAUAACAGGACGGAGCUCUUCAACAUGGACCUCGACCCUUACCAACGCCACAGCUUUUGGCUCUGUAUCAUUCUGGGUUUUUUCUUCACCCUCGGCACCUACGGCGUCAACCAGAGUCAGACGCAGCGCUUCUUCAGUACCAAGUCUGUCCAGGACGCCCAGAAGGUCAUUUACUUCGCUGCGGUCGGGAUGGUCAUUCUGCGGGCGUUGAUCCAUCUUGCGGGACUGGCCAUCUACGCCCACUUCUACAGGUGCGAUCCCCUGGCGGUUCCUGGGGCUGGCGAACCUGCUUACGUGGUCAUCGUCUAUGUGCUGACGGUGCUGACGAGAGUCCCUGGUCUCGCCGGCAUCUUCGUAGCGGCCAUUUAUGCUGCUGUUCUUAGCUCAGUGUCAACUCAACUGAACUCCAUGACGGCGCUGCUGUGGGCCGAUUUCCUUAAGCCUCACCCCUUCUUCGCCUCCUUCAGUGAAGUCAAGGCGGGAGCUCUGCAGAAGAUCAUAGUCCUCCUCUCGGGCAUCGUGGCCAUCGUCCUCGGUCUGGUGGUCUCAACGCUGGGCAGGUCCUUCCUGAGGGCACUCUUCGCGAUCACGGGCGCUCUCUCCGGCCCUCUCAUCGGCCUGUUCGCCGUCGGCCUCUUCCUACCUUGGGUUAAUCUGAAGGGAGCGUCGGCUGGAUUCUUCAUCUCGAUCAUAUUAAGUGUGUGGUUAGCCAUCGGCCAACUGCUCAGCCAAACGCAGGAGCCCUUUUUGACUAUGUCUCGGGAAGGCUGCCCAGUCACCAACACCUCCACUACAGCUGCCAACGUCACGACUCUGGCUGCCACUACUUCCACCUCAGUCGCCUCUGUCACGGAUGUCACCACGGAGGCUUCUUUGCCGACGGAAGAAGAGAGCGUCCGAGGGAUCUACGGCCUUUCCUACUGCUUAAAUUCAUUCCUGGGAGUGGUCAUUUGCGUCGUGGUGGCCGCUGUCGUCACCGCUGCCACGGGUACCAAUUCCCUAGACGACGUUGACCAAUACCUUGUCAACGGAACAGCGUGGCGAGUCUUCGAAAAACUGGCCAUCCUGCGAGGUCGCGAGUCACCCCUGAAGAAAGUCCUUCAGAGGUCCGGGUCUACUAGUAAAGAAAACGGGAAGAGAGACAACAGAGUGAAAGAGGAGAUGGUUGAAAAGGAACCACUUCCUACGCAGAGAGAGACGAAGAACAACGAAGCUGAUGGUAGUGUGUGAAGAUUAAGAAAGAAAGAAGCGUGUGAAGAAUGAUAAAAAAUAAAGCAACUUGUGAAGAACAAGGAAAGAAUGUGAAGGACAAGAAAAGAAAGAAAGAAAGAAAAAAAGGAAUUUAAGGACAGUAAAAAGAAGAUUGUAAGGACAAAAAAAAAAAAAAAAAAA